AUGGAUAAAGUGGUGUUAAUGCUUUCGGCCAUACUGGUCAAGAUCAAUGAAUUCACACCAAGUUCCAAGAACCCACGGUCAGGUUCUGUCACUGAGCGUGGAAUCAAUAGCCCAGCACCCAUCCCGACGCGUUGGCCACCGACUGGUGAAUACAGAAACAGCACGGAAUUAUUGUCGGAUCGAGUAGUCUCCAUCGUCUUUGCAAAGGUUUGGCUAAGACACACGCCACAGGAAAAGGAUGAAACUAUUGCAAUUGGCCCUACUGGAUAUCGCUGUCGCCGAGCCUUGCACCUGGGGCAUGCCCCUUGUCAUCUCGCCAAGCAGCGCCGUGUCCCGCCGCUCCGAAGUGAUCCCACUUUCUCCUUCCGUGGUCCGGAACAUGCCGAACCCAGCGUCAGCGAUCGUUGGACCAUCAUGUUAGCGGCUCAAGGGAUACGCCAGGACCACUUGGAUACUUUGCCAAGUUUUGUAAGGAUUGGUUCGUUAAGCCUAAAGUCUUUUUGUGAAGCCCUCUCUGUACGUCCAGUACUGACUUCGGCGGCCAUGCGCCAUAAUUCGAGUCUCUGUGCUGGAAAAAUGGUUGUCUCUGCGGACUAG